AACGGCAUCAACCUGAGAAUCUAGUAUGGCGUUUAUUGUAGAAGCAGCUGCUCGCGUGAUUUGAAAAUAUAACUUGUUUUGUGACUGGUAACCCGCCGGUGGACGAAGAGUAAAACACGGACGCUUACGCUUACGCUGUUGGUGAUUGUAAGGACCGAGCCGCGUCGCAAUUUCGAUUAGUAUCACAUCAUUAUCAGCAUCAUCAUCAUCAUGACGGACCGGACCGAGCUGAGGAUGAACGUGGCUGCGUUGAAACGAGUUGACCCUUACGUCAAGGAUAUUCUGGAGACGGCGACUCACGUAGCCCUGUACACGUUCAAUGCAGAAGAGAACGAGUGGGAGAAGACCGACAUUGAGGGUGCUCUUUUUCUCUAUUCAAGGAAUGGCGAGCCGUACAACAGUAUUCUCAUAAUGAACAGAUUGAACACAAAUAAUUUGGUGGAACCAGUUGCACCUGGAUUAGAUCUACAACUACAGGAACCAUUUCUGCUAUAUAGAAAUUCCAGAUGCAACAUCUAUGGAAUCUGGUUCUAUGAGAAGGAGGAAUGCGUGCGUAUUGCAAACAUGUUGAAUAAACUGCUGAAGGAGUGCGAAGAAAGCCGCAAAGUCAACAACAAGCCGGUGGUUAAGGCAAAAAAGGCUUCGGGUCUUAACAUGAACAAUGUGGAUAUAUUCAGUAUGCUCAGCAAAGCACAGGAGGACUUCAACACUAGUAGAAAUAGUGGAGGAGGUGGCGGUGGUAGUAGUGAUAGUAGUGGCAAUGCGGUGGUCGGAUCUAAAUCACCACUGAGAACAUUCGCAUCGGACAACAUUAUUGGACCACUUUCCGCUCCCCUUGGUCCCGAUGUUACUUCGCAGAGCGUAAUGGACUUUUUUGCCAAGGCAAAGGUGAACACUGGGCAUUUCAAAGCGGGCGACCAGCCCACUCCAGUCGUGGUCGAGAGUAAACCUCUCCUCGCACGUUUAAUGUCCCAUCCGGCGGCACAUACUUUGGAACAUAUUGAGAAGCAACAGAGAUCCAUAACACCGCAGCCGUCCACCCAGCAGUCACAACCAACAGCUAUACCCGGCUCCGUGAACCGGUCUAAGAGACGAAACAAACCGAUUUCCCAACAAGAAUCAUUAAUGUCCACGUCGGCGCCAAUCUCACAAGAUCUUCCGCUGCCUACCGCUCAGGGUGAUUUGGAUGGCUCGACAGGGUUCCUCAGGAUACAGUCGCCGACCAACACAACGCCCUCCACCUUAAGGAAUCAUCAGGCUUCGAACAUUACCAAUACCAACAAUGUCAAUCCACUUGCAUCGUUAUUUGCUCAGGCUUCCGGAAAUGCAUCAUCAGAUGACAUCAUACCAACGUCGUUGUCAGGAAGAGGAUCGGCGCCGGCAUUGAUACCGCCUGUGAUGUUCGCGGCACCCAGUCCGCCCGAUCCGCCGUUAAACCGACCGUUAGAGCCACUAACGAGGAAUCAACUCUUGCAGGCGUUCGACUACCUACUAAAAAGCGAUCCGGAUUUCGUCAACAAGUUGCACGAGGCCUAUGUGAAAUCAUUCGGAGAGAUACUUUCCUAAAUCUAUCGCAUUAAUGCAGCACUAUUGAGAAACCCAUUCGGGUUGCGACUGAUGACUCGAUUAAGCUAAAUCUCAAUAUUCCUAUGUUACAUGUGCAUGUACAUAAAAAUGAGACGCGGUGUGCUUGAAAUUCAACUGAUCCGAGAGAUCAAGAAUCAUCUUUUCUGACUUUCUUUUUUUUUUUAUCAAAGGAAAGAAAAUUUCCGUUCUAGCUGCGAGGGCUAGAUUGUGGGUACAAAGAUAGAAGGCGAUACAAUGUGUACACCUCGAACAGUAUUUUUAUAAAGCAAUGUGCUCAUUUCCCGUAUAGAAAAAACGUAUUCCAUGUAGCGAGGACGUAAUCGGGGGACGGAAGUGAGUGAAAAAUCUUCUGCGGGACAAAUUGGAAACAAUGAUAUAUACAUGAAAGGAAAAAAAAACAACAGGCGGUUUUUAAACUGUGAUGCCAAAACAUUUAUAUUAUACGCGCGUUUUAUGGUUAAAAUUUCGAUGCAGCACGAGAUCGUUUUUUCUGAGCUGAUCAAAUGGAAUGAAUACCUAUUUUAUAGAGUAAUGACGUAUCCUUCCCAUAAUGCCGAUAUGGUAUGUGUAUGUUAUCGAUGAUGAAGAACAAAUAAAUAGGAACAAGAGACACACAU